AUGAAGCACGGCAACGGCAUGCUGCUCCAGCUAGCACUACUCAUCUCUCUGUCACUCGCUGGCGUCGUCGUCGGCGGAAGCGCCCCGACGAGCACGCACCUCCGGUUCUACAUGCACGACCUCGUGACUCCAUAUCCGGGGGCUCCGGCGACGGCGGGGUCCUACGUGUUCGCGUCGCAGACAGAGCUGGCGCCGCUGCUCUGCGUCAACAUGGUGCUCACGGCGGGGCCUCACAACGGCAGCACGGUCGCCGUGCUGGGCAGGGACCUCAUCCUUGACAAGGUCGACGUCAGGGAGCUCCCCGUCGUCGGCGGCACCGGCACGUUGCGCGGCGUCACCGGGUAUGGCGAGUUCAGGACCCACACCUUGAACGCCACCGACGGCAACGCCGUGCUCAAGAUUGACAUGUACCUGAGCCUGAGCGUGUAG